AUGAAAGCCAUACUGCAGCGGGUGCUGUCUGCUUCCGUGACAGUAGAGAAGGAGAUGGUCUCAUCCAUCGGCAGGGGUGUGCUCGUCUUUGCCGCCGUCGCCCCGGGAGACACCGAGAAGGAGGCAGACUCGCUUGCAGCCAAGGUGCUGAAGAUGAAGCUGUGGGAUGACGAUGCCGGAGCGAGAUGGAAGAAGAGCGUGCAAGAAAUCGGCGGAGAGGUUCUCUGUGUCUCCCAAUUCACUCUUUUGGCUUCUACUAAAAAAGGCAACAAGCCUGAUUUCCAUGGGGCUGCGGGCGGAGACGAGGCAAAGCGCCUGUACCAAUACUUCUUUGAGAAGGUACAGCAAGGCUACACUGCCGAAAGGGUAAAAAACGGCGUGUUCCAGGCCAUGAUGGAGGUAGCCUUGGUCAACGAUGGUCCCGUCACGUUAGAACUGUCAACCAGCCAGAAAGCUGAGAAGAAGGAGAAGCCUGUCAAGGCACCAGCCUCACAAGUGCAUUUAGAAAAGCAAUGA